AUGGAGAAGGAUGAGAUGCCGUGCGUUACUGUGAAAUGGGACCAAGUAAUCGAUCAUCCGAUACGAUAUCGUGUCAAAGGAGAAAAUCGCCUUUUCACAUUGGACGGCAAUUUUCGCAAUCCAGGAAUUAUUGACUUGGUUAAGUUCCACAAAGAAAGUGGUACGCCGAUUGGACAAGGUGUCAAGUUGAUAAAUCCUAUACCAAAACAGAAAUGGGAGCUAACGCGAGACAAGAUCACUCUGGGUGAAAAAAUUGGCGAAGGAAAUUUCAGUGAAGUUUUUGAGGGCACUCUCCACGAGGGCUCAACCGCACCGCCUAUUGAUGUCGCUAUUAAAAAAGUAAGUAGAAAACAGAAAAGUUAG